GUUAUGAGUACGUGGAGUAGCUUGCCUUCAGAACUUCUUCUCCAUAUCUUUAGACAGUUAGAUGGACGCGACGCACUGCGGUGCCAACUUGUCUGUCGAGAAUGGUCCAAUAUGGCACAACAAGCUGCUUAUGCCUCUGUUCGUAUCUCAAAAACACAUCGAUUACAUAAAUUUGUCCGUACAUUAUCCACUGCUCCUUCUCUUCCAGGCAACUAUGUCAAGACGCUCACAAUAAACCAUGUUGAUUUUAAUGACAGUGAAGACAUUGAAUCAGAAACAGACUCAGAUACAGAUUCAGAUAUCGAUUUUAGUAUCAACAAUGAAAAGAGAGAAGACUUAGAAGAUAUGUUUUAUACACUGGCACAAUACACACCAUGGCUUGAAAACUUACAGUCUAACCAUACUACUCGCUUGUUUUGGCUGUUGGUGAUGCAGUUACGCUAUGAGCAACACUGGACACAUGUAACACAACUACCCAAACCCUCCAACACCGAUGAUACUCAGCAUUACCGUGGUGCUGUCUUGGCCUUGCGUGAUACGAUCAAAGAUGUCACACUUUUAGAUGCAUCUGCCUGGGGCUCAAAAAAGCAAGACAAGAAGCAACACAACCUGUUUAUCAAGGCACUGGCUGAAUUCAAGCAAUUAAAGACAUUGAGAUUCGAGUUGGACAUGAAUUGUUCUCUUGUCAAACUCAAUAAUAUCAUUGAUGCCUUUUCAACCAUGGAAUAUCUCUUGAUUGAAUCCAAAGAAAACUUCACCUCCAAGGCAGUAGAAUUCAUCAGCACGAAUACAACAUUACGUAGGAUUGAUUUGAAAGGAUACAUGAUUGCACCCGAGUUCCUUGUGUAUCUUGUCACCAAAUUCUCUGAUCUAAAGCAACUGGAGAUAAAGGCAGAUAAAUGCAGUUUUCAUGAUAAUUUGUCGACUAAAGAUAGACAAGAACUGGCUCAGUUUCUUUUAAGCCUGGAUCAAUGUGAAGUUAGGAAUAUGGAAUGUAACGAUAUGCAUCAUUUUAUACGUACCUUAAAAGAUGAACAUCGAUAUGGAAGUUUGACAGUGACUGUGCAUCUCAAGAAAGCUGAAGAAGAUCAAGUGAAUUAUCUUUCAACACUGAUAAAAUACAAUAGAAAGGCACCCUUCCAUUCACAGGUUCGCCUGACAGUGUAUAAUGACAUGCUGUCUGGUCCUUUAUCAACCAUCCUCUCAGAUUACGGUGAAACGAUAGAUGAGCUUCAGAUUAAGGGUGUUGUUUGCUUUAGUAGCGACAAUACCGAUAGAAACCCGAAACUUGAUCUACAAGAGGUGCUCACGGCAUGCAUCAAACUCGAACGACUUGAACUCUCGGACCUUUACUUUACUGAUCUUCAUCUGAUGCAGACAAGCCCUAUCCAGUCCCUUUCACUCAGUAGCUGUACAUUUAGACCUACUGUCUUUCAAGAUAUCUCCAAGUGUCUUCCUCAACUCAGUGCGUUACAGAUUGUUUAUUCCAAUAUACUUGAUAUAGAUGGAAAGAACAUGACAAAAAAUAUGUCUCAUGUUUACUUUGAUAUGCCUCAUACAGCCUUUGAAAGCUUUUCAUUUGUCAUGAGUGGCGAUACCAAUCCUUCGCUUUUCAAAGUGACUCAAGAGACAGGCGUCAUGUAUUACAAGUGUCGUGAAUAUAACAUGGCAGAUGCAACAUCAGAGCAAUAUUAUCAAGCCCAUCAACAUCACCUUCGUACAUUUCAUUUGCAGUGCAAAAGUGCCAAGCAUGUCUAUAUAGUCAGAGCUUGUUCUACUCUUUAUUGAUCAUAAUAAACCUUUUUUUUUCUUCUUCUUCUUCGUGUUUUCUA